AUGGAGGGCUCGCCGGACAUGGAAGACUCGCUGCCGCGCGCUGGCAAGUUUCAGACUGGGAGAGAUCGAGCUAUUGGGCGUGAAGAGGGUUUCUAUUGGCAAGUUUCUAUUCUUUUGCCUUUUGUUUCAACCGAGAAAAAUGAAUUCACAUAUUCAAGAACACCAGAUGGUCAAUUGUGUUAUCCUCCUUGCGAUGAUUCGCAGAAACCUCGCAAUGGCAUGAUAUUUAGUACAUUGCAUGAAGCUGUUGAGUUUUACAAGGAUUAUGCCAAACUUUGUGGAUUUGACACCCGAAUGAGCACAAACAGGAAAAAUAAAGAUGAUAUAAUUACCAGGCAAUAUGUGGUUUGUAAGAGAGAAGGAGUAUGGAAAAAGGCAAAAGAACCUCGAGUGCGUUUCAGUGAUAAGGGCACAAAGAAACGCAAGACAACAUCUUGCAAGGUUGAUUGUAAAGCUAAAGUUAUAAUUAAGAUUGUGUUGGGAAACUGCUACAAGUUUGCUGAAUUUUGGGAGGGUCAUACACAUUCCAUGGUUCCACUACCAACCAGAGACCUUAUGCAAAGUAAUAGGAAUGUGGAUGAAUUUCAACAAAGAUUCAUAAUAUCUGGAAUAAAGGCGAAUAUUGGUCCCAUGCGUUCAUUCCGUAUGUUCAGAGAGAUAAUGGGCAGUUACGAUCGAGUUGGAUGCACAAGUAAUGAUUUCAAGAAUUUUGCUAGGGAUUUGAAAGUGCAUUCCAAAGGAUCCGAUGCACAUAUGUUAUUGGAAACAUUUACGAAUAAGCAGGAACUUGGAAACGGUUUUAAGUUCUUCCACGACGUAGAUGAAGAGAAUAAAUUGUGUCGGAUAAUUUGGGCUGAUCAGACAUCAAUAAAGAAUUUUAGCUUGUUUGGAGAGGCUUUGUCUUUUGAUGCCACUUAUAAUACUAACAGGUACAAGUUGAUUUUUACUCCCUUCACUGGUAAGGACAACCAUGGAAAAUGCGUAUCAUUUGGUGCUGCAUUAAUAUCACAUGAGGACACAGAAUCAUAUUCCUGGGUUUUGGAGCGGUUUGUUCAAAUAAUGGGCCAUGCACCAAAGAUCAUAAUCACGGACCAAGAUCCAGCACUCAAAAAUGCCGUUGCAUCUUGUUGGAAAGAAACUCGCCACAGGUUUUGCAUGUGGUACAUAAAUAUUAAAGUUGCUGAGAAAGUGCCACCAAGAUUGAGAGAAGAUACAAAUUUCAAGUCUACUUAUGCUAGUAUUGUUUGGACAGAUCAUGAUGAUGUCUCGCUUUUUGAGGAGAAAUGGAAAAAUAUGAUUGAGGAGUUUGAUCUCUCGUCGAUUAAAUGGUUCAAUGACAUUUUCGAUGACAGAUCUUUCUGGAUCCCGGCAUAUUUUAGAGAAAUACCUAUGAGCGGCUUAUUCCGUACAACUUCUGCAUCUGAAAGCGAGAACAGUUACUUUAAAAGGUUUAUCAACAAAACAUCUGAUCUGGUAUUACUUUAUACCAAUUACUGCAGUGGUCUAGAUGUACAGAGGUAUAACUACAAACUAGCAACUCAUGAUGAUGAGACACGUUCACCCGGUAUGGUGACAAACUUACCCAUCGAAACGAAUGCAUCUGUUGUCUACACUAAUGCUGUUUUCAAACAAGUACAGGAUGAAAUAGACCAUGCAAGCAAGGCUUGUGGAAUACACAAGAUAUACUCUGAAGGCAACAACACAAUCUAUGAAGUUGACGACAAUGUAGAUGGUGUCUUCUUGGUUCGCAAUAUGAAAGAUGAGGAUGAAGUGUCUUGCACCUGCCUUAUGUUCACCAGGAGAGGAUUGCCGUGUAAGCACAUGUUUUGUGUGUUUAGAAAUAUGAAUAUUGACAGUAUUCCACAAAAGUACAUUGCUGUGCGAUGGUGCAAGUUCAGCAUUUUAUGCCCAAAUGAAUCAUAUGAGGUACAGCCACCUAACUCAGGUCAGAAUAUAUCAAAUUGGGAUUUUCGUAUCUUUAAGGCUGUUAGCGAGUCAAUAUCUCAUGUGAGUGGCAAUGAAGAGCUAUAUGAGCAACUGUACAAUGAUAUCAUUGAAGUUCGAGAUAAGUUUUCCAAAAUUGGAGCAACUAUCACACCUGCUUGCUCAAAGACCAGGUUGUUCAAUGAAUUCUAUGGAGCUGCUCCUACUGAGUCACCAAGUGUACUUCCUCCUGACAUAGCCAAAACAAAAGGAAGUGGUGCAGGUGGUCGGAGAAAAUCGGAAAAAGAGAAGGCGAUGAUUCUCGCAAAUAAACCUAAGCGUCUUUGCAGGAAAUGCAAAACCAUUGGUCAUCAUGAUUCUAGGAACUGUCCAACAAAGGAUAUAAAUUCUUGA